AUGUUCUACUUCUUGCUAGGCAGUGCGGUGGCCUAUAACCUAGUCAUGGUUAUCUACCGGCUUCAUUUCCACAAGCUCAGUAGGUUCCCGGGGCCUCGUCUCGCGGCCGCAAGCGGGCUGUACGAGAUCUACUUUUCGGUCUGGGGUCCGGGCAUUUUCGACCACGAGAUUGACCUCAUGCACCGGAAGUUUGGUCCGGUUGUUCGUAUUACUCCCGAUGAAAUCCACAUCCAAGAGCCUUCCAGCUAUUCCGACGGUUGGAUCAAAGUACAAGAGACCGUCUAUCGCCCGGGUGCGAUCUCUACUUUGGGCGAAAGUCAAUGA